GGGCUUGGCCGGAGGACAGUAGCAUUGGUCCUAGGAUGACAGGGCCAUUUCCUUCCCGCCGGGGGUCAAAUCCUCGGGAAGCCGAGCCAUCUUGUCCAGCUACCUGUCCCAAGCGGGGCGCAGGCCGUGUCGCCUCUCUAGGAGGCUCCGGAGAACCGGCCACGCUGACCCUCUCAGGUGCAGAAAGCAAGCUUCCCCCGGCCCGCUGGGGAAGAUUCCCAGCUACACAUCCAGCCGGGGCAUCUGAGGGCUGGAGCCAAGCCAGGCGUGCCCGAUAGACCGGUGGAGAGCGCUCUCGCCUGACUGCCCGUCCUCCUCACCCGGACCCAGACUCGGCUCCGCACUGUCACCGGGCGGCAGUGGGGGGGCUGCGCAGUCACGCGCGCACCACACUUGCGCUCAGGAGCGCGCAAGGCUCUCUCUCCGCCCCGCACACCUGGGCUCCGCCCCCUGGUCCCCGGCCGGCGGUCGAAGGCUUUUGGGGACCCAGAGCGGCUGCGGCAGCGCCCCCCUUCUCCUUCCCUUUCCACGGCUGGAGUUGUCCGGAGCCUGUCGCCGGUCCCAACCAGCCCUCAUCCCUUUCCAUCCUUCCCUCCCCCCACCCCUGCCGCGGCACGGGUAUCUGCAGCCGCAGCCCGGAGCCCUUGAGGCGGCGAAGGGGGGAGGGGAAGGAAGCAAGGGAUGAGCGCCGGGAGGGCGUCGGGGGCCCUGAGCCGGACUAGGACGCCCCUGGAACCGGAGCCGGAGCCGGAGCCAGAACCAAACCACCGUGUCCUUGGGAGGGACGAAAGCUCAGGACAAGCUGGAAACGGGGAGCUCUGGGCGUCGGGGAAGCGGGACCAGGGUCGUGGAAGAGGGCCUGCGCAGCCGCCGUCUGACACCCCUGGCCCGGACCAGCACCCCUGGCACGGACAGCUCCUUGGUUGGGUAGGGGGUGGGGCCAGACCUCAGAGGCUUGUCUGUCUUGAAUCCUGAGGACGGCAUUCCUAACCCUUCCCCCAUCCUUAGCUGCAGCCCCCUAACUCCAGGAGCCGCCCUGGCCCGUGCUCACCCGCCAGGGCCUCAUGUCGGAACCACAGCCUGACCUGGAACCGCCCCAGCAUGGGCUGUACAUGCUCUUCCUGCUUGUGCUGGUCUUCUUCCUCAUGGGCCUUGUAGGCUUCAUGAUCUGCCACGUGCUCAAGAAAAAGGGCUACCGCUGCCGCACCUCGAGGGGCUCGGAGCCUGAUGACGCCCAGCUCCAGCCCCCUGAGGACGAUGACAUGAAUGAGGACACAGUAGAGAGAAUUGUUCGCUGCAUCAUCCAAAAUGAAGCCAACGCUGAGGCCCUGAAGGAGAUGCUGGGGGACAGUGAAGGAGAAGGGACAGUGCAGCUGUCCAGCGUGGAUGCCACCUCCAGCCUGCAAGACGGAGCCCCCUCCCAUCAUCACACAGUGCACCUGGGCUCCUCAGCCCCAUGCAUCCACUGCAGCCGCAACAAGAGACCCCCACUUGUCCGUCAGGGACGCUCCAAGGAAGGAAAGAGUCGCCCCCGGCCUGGGGAGACCACCGUGUUCUCUGUGGGCAGGUUCCGGGUGACGCACAUUGAGAAGCGCUAUGGGCUGCAUGAGCAUCGUGAUGGCUCUCCUACGGACAGGAGCUGGGGGUCUGGUGGCGGGCAGGACCCAGGAGGCGGCCAGGGGCCUGGGGGAGGGCAGCCCAGGACAGGGAUGCCUGCCAUCGAAAGCCUUCCCCCUGAGAGGCCGCAGCCCCCGGCCCUCGCCAGCACCCCCAUGCAGAAUGGAGGACUCAGGGACAACAGCCGAGUCCCUCGUGCACUUGAGGGGAACCCUGGAGCCUCUACAGAGCCGAUGCUCGGGGCUGGAGGGAGGGGCCCAAGCCCAGGGCCAGCCAGAAAAGAAGCAAAUGGACAGCCAAGCAAACAGGACACCUCAGAUCACCAGGUGUCCCCACCACGGGGAGCAGGGGGUAUGUGAGCCGCCUCCUUCACUGUGCUGACAGACUACCAGCUGGCAGGCCAGGGAGUGGGUUGGGCAUGAAGCCCCUCCCCUCCCCUGGACAGCACUGCCCCCCAGCUGAGGGACCCGCUCUACUUCCACCUGGAGUUGCACAGUCUCAGGCUGGGGGUACCUGGGGAGAAGUCUUAUCCCUGGCCCUCAGCCUCCUCCCCUUCCCCUGCCUGCCCUCAGGCCACCUGACCUACCUUCCCCAUCACCUCACUCCAUAUGCUAGAGCGUGGCGGCUGGGAGUAGGCCCCUGCCCUUGGUGGGCCCUUAAAGCAAUAGCACCUUAGGUCCUCUGCCCUCUUGGCACAAGAGGCCCAGGCCCUGGCUCGGGCUUUGUGCCCUUUAUUCACUGUCAAUAAAUCCGCUCAGACCAUUA